CAAACACAGAAGACUGGCUUCCAAGGUGCUGCAGUGGUAAAGAAUCUACCUGUCGAUGCAGGAGACAAAAGAGACACAGGCUCAGUCCCUGGGCUGGGAAGAUGCCCUGGAGCAGGAAAUAGCAACCCACUCCAGUAUUCUUGCCUGGGAAAUCCCAAGGACAGAGGAGCCUGGCAGGCUACAAUCCACAGGGUCACAAAGAGUUGAACACGACUGAGUGACUGAGCACACACGCACAGAAGAGCAGCCCCGUGUCCACUUCCCACUGCAGAGGCUCACCCAGCAGUGAUUCUGGUCGUCGUCCUCAGUGCUGGCAGCGCGUAUUUGGCAGUGAUUAUCACAGAAUUUUAGAAGUCAAGGGACAUUAAAGAUUCUAUGUGGACAACUCUUAAAUAAAAACAAGAAACACGAAGAGAAACUGGUCAUGUUCGCCAAUCAGUCAGAAGAUUCUGAAAGGUGUGAAAGCAUGGAGCUGGAUAAUAAAAUCCUCAGUCUGAUUGAGAGGAAUACUUCUGAUCCCAGAGGGGUCAGCCUGGGGGCCACGUCGAGUCAUAGAAGUCCCUGUUCUGUGAAGCCUCCAGGAAAAACAGCUUCUGUGGCACAUUUCUUACAGAGCACAGCUAGAAUGAGUGGUGCAGAAAGUUCUACGGAUCAUGCAGAGUGUGCUCAAUCGUCAAGAAGAAAGAACUUAAAUUCUCUUGAACAAAAGAUAAGAUGUCUGGAAAAGCAGAGAAAAGAGCUCCUGGAAGUUAACCAGCAAUGGGAUCAGCAAUUUAGAAGCAUGAAAGAGUUAUAUGAAAGAAAGGUCAAGAGGCUUAGCACACACUGCACAGCAGGUCAAGAGCUGCAGGUUACUGAGGAGCAAAGGCCUUAUCUGUUGUUCUGCAAUGUCGCAGAGCUGAAAUCGAAACUGGAUUCCGCAGCAAGAUUCCUGGGAACACUGGAGAAGGAGCGGCUGCAGAGCCCGAGGGAGAGCUGCCCGCCGCACUGCAGGACCAGUGAGCCGCUGCGGCGUGCGGAGAAGGAGAGCCUAAAUGGAGAAUUACAUGAAUUGAAGAUAGAGAAUAACCUUUUGAAGGAAAAAAAUGCUCUCAUGAACCACAAGAAGCAACAUUAUGAAUGUGAAAUAAAACGCCUCAACAAGGCUCUGCAGGAUGCCUUGAAAGUGGAUUGUUCUUCAUCUCCUGAGGACCGUUUGGGGAAGCCUGAAAUGGAGUGCAGCCGUGAGGAGAUGCGAACAGAAAUGGAAGUUCUCAAACAGCAGGUGCAAAUAUAUGAAGAAGACUUCAAAAAGGAGCGAUCAGACCGAGAAAGACUUAAGCAAGAAAAAGAGGAGCUACAGCAGAUUAUUCAGACUUCUCAAUCCCAGUUGAACAGGCUGAAUUCUCAGAUAAAAGCCUGUCAGAUGGAGAAAGAAAAACUAGAGAGGCAGUUAAAACAGAUGUGUUUCCCAACCUGUAACUGCGGCUGGAAUUUCCACCUGAGGGAUCCAUACCUACUGAUGGACCUUGGGGCUGUGCAGAACCUACAGAAGCACCCACCAGACUGCCAGUGGCAUGCUCCUGACCAGUUUCCGCCAGAUGUGCAGCACAAGGCAAGUGGUCUCCCGUCAGAAAAGAAAGCCAGUCAGUAGACGCACACACCGGCGGAGGAGCACACGGGCCGGGGACAGCCUGGGGGAGGGCCCUCCGCCCCGUGCUUGCUGGGGCUCGUGACUGCCACCGCUGCGCACCCCGCCUUCACUACGGAUGCCCAGGAAUGGCUCUCCUUGGCAGGAAUGGAGGACGAGGCUGAGACAGCUGAGAUCCUGAUCGAGUCCAAGGAGCCAGAAUUUACAGCCUAUCACAGCUUCCAGUUUCCUCGAAAUGAGAUUUGGCUGAUGAAUUAUGGGUGAUGCCUCGAAACUCUCUUCAGUAUAUUGCUGUUGGACUUUCAGGAAUGAUUUCAUGGUUUCAGCAGCUCCAUUUGUGAUGCAGUGAUAUUGUGUGUUGAUUUAAAUGUGUUCCCUGGGGGAAAAGUUUCUGCAGUUAUAAAAUUUUAACAUUGCUCCCAUUAUUUUUGUAGAGGCUUAGGUCUUUAGCCAGUUUAUCUAGAUGCUACAUUCAUGACUGUUCACCUCAGUGAACCUAGAAACAGAAUUGAAGAGGUGUAUAUACUUUCUUAAAUAGAUUCAACCUAAAGAAAAUAGUAAACUUGAAACUAUAAACAAAUCAUUUAAGAUGAGAAAUUGUGAGCCUACUUCAUUUUUAGGUGGACUAGAUUAUGAAGGAUAAAAUCCUAACGCGAUGGUGA